AGAGAUGUCUGAUCUGCUCUGUUGGAAGAUUUGUCACCGUUGCAUUUCGCAGAGAGUCCGUUUUUACAGACAGGUGGGACUUUUUUUAGGAGGAAGUACAGAUUGGCUGAUCAGAUAUCGUUUCCCUAAACCAAUCUUGUGAGGAUAUAAGACCUACUUUGAAAGGCAAACCCAAGCCAUUCGGUUGCACGUCGAAGUGCUAUCCACCCUCGGGUUUUUGGUAACCGGCACGUUUCAGCCGGAUGCUCGCGGAUCCGCCAGCGGCAUCUCACAUCCCUCGAUUAGACAAUGUUGAGGAUUUAAUCAUCAUCAAACGUGUAAUAUACCAUUUCUAUCAUCGCACAACUGAUUUAAUGGGUUAUUUUCCAUCAAUGGGUUCCCAAAUACGAAUGGAGCAAUAGACGGCACCAAAAUCACCAUAAGAGCACCAUCCCAAAACGAGUUCAACAAGGCUAUGUAAUCAGAGAAGACUUAUAUUCUUAAUGUGAAGGUGAUAGACUAUGUGAACAGAGAAGACAUCUACUUUUAAUGCAAAGGUGAUGAAAGGUAAGUGUAACGGAUGUGAAACUGAUAGCGAGUGAGCGGUGAUGCGCGCAAAAUAGCGUUUCAAUCGGUGACGUCACUCGCUCUGAGACCUUGCUCUGCAAGGGCCGCUGCUUUUGUGGAGCGAUGGGUAACGAUGCUUCGUGGGUGACUGUUGUUGAUGUGUGCAGAGGGUCUCUGGUUCGCGCCCGGGUAUGGGCGAGGGGACCGUCUAAAAUUAUACUGUUACGUAAUGUUAUGUGCAAAAGACGCUACUGAAUGUGGUGGCCAGGUAGAAAGACUUGUUCAUUCUGCAGAACAGCAAAGUUUGCCUUUCCACCUCCAGGAGGGAGCUGUUGAGGAUGGAUGGCUUAUUGGUGAGUAUUGACUACUAAUAUGAAGUAUAUUUGUCAUUGAUAAAUCAACUUGAAUUGUGCUAUUUGUCCUUUUUUUUGCUAUGUUUUUAUUGUUACUCAUCAAACCUCGACUGAGUGAGCCAAUCAAACCUUUUGUUUGUAAUCAAUAUCUGACACUCCCACCUCUAUUCAAUAUCUGACACUUGCGCAUCUAUUCAAUAUCUGACACUUGCGCCUCUAUUCAAUAUCUGACACUUGCGCCUCUAUUCAAGCUACAACCGAGAUAGUAGAGCUGCGCAUCGAUUUGACUGGUGUCGUAACGUAGCCGUGCUCCUUCCUCUGACUGCCAUCGUCCUCACAGAGCCCAGCCUAACUCCUCCGUGCCGGCAACACUACAGCCGCUCCUCGGUGUGAAGCCGCUUUUUGAGUGUCAAACCAGCUGACGGAUCCAACUAGCAGCACCCUGAUCCCUCUGUCCCCUUUUGUUCAAUAUCAUAAUAUCAUCGGUUGUACAUAAUAUCAUCAUAUAGUGUAACGAGCCUGGGUUUAUAAGCGUGGAUAGCGACCUUGCUUGAGUGUGCUUUUGGGGCACAGUCGAUAGCGCGCUGGACUUCGGGCUAGAAGGUUGAGGGUUCGAGUCCUGCUCCCUGCCUGUUUCAUUACGUUACAUUUUACUAUCGUUAUAUUUCUGUGGUACAGAAAUGAUCUGACAGUUCCAAACUCAAUCAGAAGCUUUUCUAAAUUUUAUUCAAGUAGUUUGAUACUUUUUAUUCAAGUAGUAUAUUUGCCAUUUGCAAGCACCUAUUAAAAGUAAUAUAUUGGAAUUAUUAUUUGGAGCUCUCUCACAUAUACUAGGUCUACGUAGCACACAGAGGUAGACAGUAUAACAGUCACACGGAACAAAUAAAACAUUUAUAACAUCCUCUAUGACGUCCUUUAUUUUCGUUGUGUUCAGCUCCAGGUUGUUUCCGCUGCACAUCGCUGUUAGACACUGCGCUUCUUGUCCGUCUAUAGGCUGUCUCGUCGUUGUUAUUGACGACACUUAUGACGUUUUUCGUCUCACAAUGGAUUCUGAGAACCCCGUUUUAUUAUAGUGCUGUGAUAAUACAAACAUACAGCCUCCUUAAUAUCUCAACAUAUUAUUUGAAUGACUGAAGACGGAGAGUUCUGCAGGAAAGAUGUAUUUUAUUAUUGUCAGUGACAUGGCACACAACCAUUGGUUGAUGCAAUGUGGCGUGUCAAUUGUAGGCGGCCUCAUACGAAUUCAGUGGGCUGGGCUGCAGAGGAGCUCAGCAUUUCUUCCGAAUCUCUCCCCCCACUCAGGUAUGCCGGUGUGUCAGGGGUGAAGUUCUCAAUGGGAGCCGAGACGAUCGCACGGUGUCAGUAGAGAGACGCCGAUAAAGUGUGUGUCAGUCAUGCUGGUGGCUGGCAGCGACGGCAGAGCAGAGCGUGACAUGCCAGUGUUUUUUCCUGAGGGGAUGUUUUUUCUUGGUCUCGGAUCCACGGAGUGAUGGCAGAAUGUUCCAUUUAUUCUAUGGAUCUUUCCUUCCGGUCUUAUUUCUGCCACCACGGCAUGAUCCAGAGCAGGGCGGUGUCACUGGGUGAUUCAACAUCACUGUUAUAGUGAUCGGAAGAGACACGGAGGAUUUUGCAACAAGUGCAAGUAGGAAAACAGUCAUCACACCUUUCCCCUUCAUAAUCAACGCAGUUCUCUCUGGCAGUGUUCAAGCCUCAGCAGCAGUCAAUCGGAGUGUUUCUGGCUGGUUUUGUUCUUCUUCUGAUGAUGAUGAUGAUGGUUGGCAGCUCCCUUAUGGUUUCUUCGGACAGCUCAGUGUCAGUGAGUAGAGACGCAGUGCUGGUUUUAUAGUGACUUGUAUUUCCAUUCACUUAGAAAAGGGAGACAUACAUUUCGCCUGUAGAUUAGUAGUAUGCUUCGUCCGGUAAGGUUAAUUUACUCUACCUUUUUCUAUCAAAUACAGCUUGGUUUUCAAGUGAAUGACUUGAUUUGCCAUUUCGGAUCCUAAUUAAUUCGGAUAGCCUUCCUAAUAAGUGUUAUUGUAGAUAUUGAGAGAUGAUGAUUGUAGCCUACUAGACCACUGUCGAGUGGGGAGUCUUGUCAGACCGAAACAAUGAGAAUGUAGAGCACAGUCAGUCAUGCUGGUGGCUGGCGGCGACGACAGAGCAGAGCGUGACAUGCCAGUGUUUUUUCCUGAUCUUGGAUCCACGGAGUGAUGGCAGAAUGUUCCAUUUAUUCUAUGGAUCUUUCCUUCCGGUCUUAUUUCUGCCACCACGGCAUGAUCCAGAGCAGGGCGGUGUCACUGGCUGAUUCAACAUCACUGUUAUAGUGAUCGGAAGAGACACGGAGGAUUUUGCAACAAGUGCAAGUAGGAAAACAGUCAUCACACCUUUCCCCUUCAUAAUCAACGCAGUUCUCUCUGGCAGUGUUCAAGCCUCAGCAGCAGUCAAUCGGAGUGUUUCUGGCUGAUUUGUUGUUCUGAUGAUGAUCAUGGUUGGCAGCUCCCUUAUGGUUUCUUCGGACAGCUCAGUGUCAGUGAGUAGAGACGCAGUGCUGGUUUUAUAGUGACUUGUAUUUCCAUUCACUUAGAAAAGUGAGACACAUUUCUCCAGUAGAUUUAGUAGUAUGCUUCGACCGGGUAGGUCAACAUACUGUCUACUAUUUUCUAUCCAGUACAGCUUGGUUUUACAGUGACUGACUUGACUUGGUCGGACAAUUCAGCCGUGGUUGGAUGUUCUCAUGUGAAAGACUCUCGUUCGCGGAGCUUCAACCGAGAUAGUAGAGCUGCGCAUCGAUUUGACUGGUGUCGUAACGUAGCCGUGCUCCUUCCUCUGACUGCCAUCGUCCUCACAGAGCCCAGCCUAACUCCUCCGUGCCGGCAACACUACAGCCGCUCCUCGGUGUGAAGCCGCUUUUUGAGCGUCAAACCAGCUGACGAAUCCAACUAGCAGCACCCUGAUCCCUCUGUCCCCUUUUGUUCAAUAUCAUAAUAUUAUCGGUUGUACAUAAUAUCAUCAUAUAGUGUAACGAGCCUGGGUUUAUAAGCGUGGAUAGCGACCUUGCUUGAGUGUGCUUUUGGGGCACAGUCGAUAGCGCGCUGGACUUCGGGCUCGAAGGUUGAGGGUUCGAGUCCUGCUCCCUGCCUGUUUCAUUACGUUACAUUUUACUAUCGUUAUAUUUCUGUGGUACAGAAAUGAUCUGACAGUUCCAAACUCAAUCAGAAGCUUUUCUAAAUUUUAUUCAAGUAGUUUGAUACUUUUUAUUCAAGUAGUAUAUUUGCCAUUUGCAAGCACCUAUUAAAAGUAAUAUAUUGGAAUUAUUAUUUGGAGCUCUCUCACAUAUACUAGGUCUACGUAGCACACAGAGGUAGACAGUAUAACAGUCACACGGAACAAAUAAAACAUUUAUAACAUCCUCUAUGACGUCCUUUAUUUUCGUUGUGUUCAGCUCCAGGUUGUUUCCGCUGCACAUCGCUGUUAGACACUGCGCUUCUUGUCCGUCUAUAGGCUGUCUCGUCGUUGUUAUUGACGACACUUAUGACGUUUUUCGUCUCACAAUGGAUUCUGAGAACCCCGUUUUAUUAUAGUGCUGUGAUAAUACAAACAUACAGCCUCCUUAAUAUCUCAACAUAUUAUUUGAAUGACUGAAGACGGAGAGUUCUGCAGGAAAGAUGUAUUUUAUUAUUGUCAGUGACAUGGCACACAACCAUUGGUUGAUGCAAUGUGGCGUGUCAAUUGUAGGCGGCCUCAUACGAAUUCAGUGGGCUGGGCUGCAGAGGAGCUCAGCAUUUCUUCCGAAUCUCUCCCCCCACUCAGGUAUGCCGGUGUGUCAGGGGUGAAGUUCUCAAUGGGAGCCGAGACUAUCGCACGGUGUCAGUAGAGAGACGCCGAUAAAGUGUGUGUCAGUCAUGCUGGUGGCUGGCAGCGACGGCAGAGCAGAGCGUAACAUGCCAGUGUUUUUUCCUGAGGGGAUGUUUUUUCUUGGUCUCGGAUCCACGGAGUGAUGGCAGAAUGUUCCAUUUAUUCUAUGGAUCUUUCCUUCCGGUCUUAUUUCUGCCACCACGGCAUGAUCCAGAGCAGGGCGGUGUCACUGGCUGAUUCAACAUCACUGUUAUAGUGAUCGGAAGAGACACGGAGGAUUUUGCAACAAGUGCAAGUAGGAAAACAGUCAUCACACCUUUCCCCUUCAUAAUCAACGCAGUUCUCUCUGGCAGUGUUCAAGCCUCAGCAGCAGUCAAUCGGAGUGUUUCUGGCUGGUUUUGUUCUUCUGAUGAUGAUGAUGGUUGGCAGCUCCCUUCUGGUUUCGUUUUACAGUUCAGAGUGUCAGUGAGUAGUGCUGGUUAUAUAGUGACUUGUAUUUCCAUUCACUUACAUCCACGGUUUUAUCCAACCGACGCGUUAUAUCCAAACGAGGCCGUUAUAUCCAAACGAGGCCGUUUUUCCAACCGAGGUUGUUUCUCAGUUUAUUUUAUUUUUAUUUUUUCCCGAACAUGACUCUAGUAUGCAGUGUGAUAUAAUAUUGACAUGUGAAAUUAAAGACAUGACUAUAUUCUGGUUGGUAUGUUUCCGUUUUAUUCAACAAAGCACCACGUUGUACACAUAAGCAUACAUAGAUACGGUUUCGGACUGGGAUGGUAAUGAGUGAACCGAUUUCAAGCUUUGACAAGUUUAGAAAAUCAGUCACGGGAGAUGUUCAUUCUUGCACGGACAAACUGAGAGCGUUUUGGUUCUGGGACUAUGAACGGGGCGGAGCUACCUUAGCUAUCCAAUCAUAGCUGACUGGUACAUCACACCACGCCUCUAUUUUCCGAACAUGACGAGUAUGCAGCUACGGCUGAGCUAUCCAACAGUGGCCGAUACAGCUAUCCACUCCCGGCUGACUCGUCCAACCAUGGCUGUAUUCUGGUGUCCAACCGUGGCUGUAUUAUCCAUUCCUAACCUACAAUCAAUCUCGAGAGCUGGAGAGGUGCCAAAUUCAUGUAGGGAAAGCCCCUGGCACUUCUCAGUUUCGGGCUGGGAUCGAAAUGAGUCAGACGACAUCAAGCUUUGACAACUUUGAAAUAGUAGCCAGGGGAAUAGUUCACUCUGGCACUGAGUACCUGUAGUGGAGGCUCAGGACGGCUCUGCUUCGCGUAGAGGAAACCCCUGGAAAUUGAGGACACAUUCAACUUGUUCCUUUUUUUUUUUUUUACAUUAUGUUUUCAUACUGUCAUACUCUGCCUCCCUAAAUGUCUAUUCCCUCAAACGAGGUGAUAUAAUAUUGAAAUGUGAAAUUAAAGACAUGACUAUAUUACAUUUACAUUACAUUUACAUUUAAGUCAUUUAGCAGACGCUCUUAUCCAGAGCGACUUCUGGUUGGUUUGUUUCGUUUUAUUCAACAAAGCACCACGUUGUACACAUAAGCAUACAUAUAUAUAUAUAUAAAACAAUUUUUUUGAAAAAUAUUUUUUAUUUUAAUUUCACAUUCAAAUACAAUUACAAAUUCAGUGCAUAACAUGGAUACUUACAAACAGUAUCAAAAAGUACCGUAACAAUAUAAGAAUAUCAAAACUCCCAACAAAAAGUGCUGUUCUGCAGAUACGGUUUCGGGCUGGGAUGGAAAUGAGUGAAAGACUUCAAGCUUUGACAAGUUUAGAAAAAACAGUCAUGGGAGAUGUUCACUCUUGCACGGUCGCUGACAGACAGAGUGUUUUGGGUCUGGGACUAUGAACGGGGCGGAGCUACCGUAGCUAUCCAAUCAUAGCUGACUGGUACAUUCCACCACGCCUCUAUUAUCCGAACAUGACUCUAGUAUGCAGCUACGGCUGAGCUAUCCAACAGUGGCCGAUACAGCUAUCCACUCCCGGCUGACUCGUCCAAACAUGGCUGUAUUCUGGUGUCCAACCGUGGCUCUAUUAUCUAUUCCUAACCAACAACCCAUCCUAUCAUGUUACCACAACAACAGAGAAAUGACCGUCUAGUGUCCUGCCAAACCUGGUUGUUGUCACAUUGCACUCUCCUGGUAGCACUGCAAAACAUCACUCAAUCAAAUCCUGAAAUUAAAUAUAAAUCCACUUUUACCAGAAAAUCACAUUAUAUGGGCUGAAUACUUACAUGAAGUGUAUGGAGACUUUACAUGACGCAAAUAUGAAUAUAUAAAAUAACUUAAACCCGCCCACUGUGUUGAAACAGGAAGUACAUUUAUAAGGAAGUAGAUGAAUAAAUGGACACCAUCAGCCGAAGAAAAAAUGUUUCUGAGAGACCAUGGUGGAGAGAGUUGUAUCAAGCCUGGACCUGAGGACACCAGAGACCAUGGUGGAGAGAGUUGUAUCAAGCCUGAACCUAAGAACACCAGAGACCAUGGUGGAGAGAGUUGUAUCAAGCCUGGACCUGAGGACACCAGAGAUCAUGGUGGAGAGAGUUGGAUCAAGCCUGGACCUGAGGACACCAGAGACCAUGGUGGAGAGAGUUGUAUCAAGCCUGGACCUGAGAACACCAGAGACCAUGGUGGAGAGAGUUGUAUCAAGCCUGGACCUGAGAAAUUGAUUCCUCAGAGCUGUAAGACUUGUGACCAUGUUGAGGACUCCACACACUGGCUUCAGAUUGAACCCUUGACUUCCACUGUCCAGGGAGUGACAAUGUUCAGGCACAGGACACCCAGAGGGAGUUAUGAGUGCACAGUGUCUGGGCUCCGCUGGCUGUGUGAGAGAGAUGUCAUUCUGAAGUAUCACUUCAGGAACUGGGAACCCUACAGUCAACUUCUGAAAGACAUGCGGUACACACAAGGUGGUCCAUUGCUGGACAUCACUAUGGAGUUAGGUGAACUGGAGGAAGUUCAUCUGCCACACUUUGUCUGUUUAGGGACCAACCCUUCCCUGAGGAAUGAGAUGAAGAUUCUUCAUGUAGAGGAACAUGGAGUGUCUUUAGAGGAAGUGCAUGAGGUCACCAGAUUCCAUGUUAAGAUUCUACAUCCCAAGUUCUCACCUAUUGCUCUGAUACUGAGAUUACUGUCUUGGAACGCAGAUGUCCACUGUGAGCUGAUGCUCUAUCUGACAGUGAAAAGGGAAACAUUAAUUUCUCGCCUGUACCUGUUCCCCUGGAACCCCGGCCAAAUACAGGCUGUGGAACAACAGGAAAAGACCUACGGGUCUUCAAGGUCUCUCAUCUCCAGACCAGAGCGGUCCUUCAAACUAUAUAGUUUCUUCAGACUGAACAUUCCCUGUUCUACCUCCAUCAAUCCACAGAAGAUUCAUCUCAUACAAAGAGACACCACACCAAGCUUUUUCAAGGCGAUUGUGAAAAUAACAGGGCAUGAUAUUGAGAUGGAGUUAUUCAGUGAUGAUGAGAGGACAGCGUGGAAAGAGAAAGUAUCACGAGGUGCUGUGUUGGGGGCAGGAGGUUCGGCUGAGAACAGUCUGACUGGUUCUGCAGAGCACCAGGUGCGUUCUGUACGGACAGAGUUUGUGAAACGAGUAUCAGGACCUGUCCUGAAUGAACUGCUGGACGGACUCCUGCAACACACAGUCAUCAACCAGGAGGACAUGGAGUCAGUGGAGGUGAUCGCUGAGAGGGCAGAGAAGGCACGUGACGUCAUCGACGUGGUGUUGAGAAAAGGAACUGAGUCGUGUUCCAGGAUGAUCAACCUUCUUGGGGAGAUGGACCCCUGUCUUUGGUCACAGCUUCAGAUCAGUGUUGGAGUACCAACCUAAUGGUAGAAUGGAUAGUAACAGUGUUGGGGUACCAACCUAAUGGUAGAAUGGAUUGUUUUUUUGUUUUUACCUUAAUUUUACUAGGCAAGUCAGUUAAGAACAAAUUCUUAUUUUGAAUGACGGACAAGGAACAGUGGGUUAACUGCCUGUUCAGGGGAGAACGACAGAUUUUGUACCUACUUGCAAUCUUUCGGUUUCUAAUCCAACGCUCUAACCACUAGGCUACACUGCCGCCCCAACAGUGUUGUAACAGUGUUGUAACAGUGUUGGGGUACCAACCUAAUGGUAGAAUGGGGACAGUAACACUCCAAUAGAACACCAUGGGGUGUAUUCACUAGGAAACAGACCUGAUCCUAAAUCAACACUCCAAUUCAACACCCUGGGGUGUAUUCACUAGGAAACAGACCUGAUCCUAAAUCAACACUCCAAUUCAACACCCUGGGGUGUAUUCACUAGGAAACAGACCUGAUCCUAAAUCAACACUCCAAUAGAACACCAUGGGGUGUAUUCACUAGGAAACAGACCUGAUCCUAAAUCAACACUCCAAUAGAACACCAUGGGGUGUAUUCACUAGGAAACAGACCUGAUCCUAAAUCAACACUCCAAUUCAACACCCUGGGGUGUAUUCACUAGGAAACAGACCUGAUCCUAAAUCAACACUCCAAUUCAACACCCUGGGGUGUAUUCACUAGGAAACAGACCUGAUCCUAAAUCAACACUCCAAUAGAACACCAUGGGGUGUAUUCACUAGGAAACAGACCUGAUCCUAAAUCAACACUCCAAUAGAACACCCUGGGGUGUAUUCACUAGGAAACAGACCUGAUCCUAAAUCAACACUCCAAUAGAACACCAUGGGGUGUAUUCACUAGGAAACAGACCUGAUCUGAGAUCAGGACUCCUACUCAACCAACCUAAAUUUGUCCAAAAGAAACUUGUUUUGUUGUUGUUGUUGCAAAACGUUAUGCUACGGUGGGCUUGUUGUUGCAAAACGUUAUGCUACGGUGGGCUUGUUGUUGCAAAACGUUACGCUACAGUGGGCUUGUUGUUGCAAAACGUUACGCUACGGUGGGCUUGUUGUUGCAAAACGUUACGCUACGGUGGGCUUGUUGUUGCAAAACGUUACGCUACGGUGGGCUUGUUGUUGCAAAACGUUACGCUACGGUGGGCUUGUUGUUGCAAAACGUUACGCUACGGUGGGCUUGUUGUUGCAAAACGUUACGCUACGGUGGGCUUGUUGUUGCAAAACGUUACGCUACGGUGGGCUUGUUGUUGCAAAACGUUACGCUACGGUGGGCUUGUUGUUGCAAAACGUUACGCUACGGUGGGCUUGUUGUUGCAAAACGUUACGCUACGGUGGGCUUGUUGUUGCAAAACGUUAUGCUACGGUGGGCUUGUUGUUGCAAAACGUUAUGCUAUGGUGGGCAACUAAUAAAUACACCCAUGAUCUGACUGGGCUGUAAUUCGAAGGUCAAUAAAUGUUUGUUUCUGGGUA